AUGGCGGCCCCCGCGACGGCUGCGGCGCCGGAGCCCUGGCGGGUGUCUGCGCGGCGCUCGCGGCGGACGGCGGCGGCGGCGGCGGUCCGGAGCCCCGAGAAAGAGGAGGCGACCCGCGAGGCGGACGUGGCCGUCGUUCUGCGGCGCCUGCGCGAGGCCGGGGAAGACCUGCUGCUUUCUGAUUUCUGGAGCUCUGCGCUAGAGGCCAUCGGCAGCGGUCUCUCAAAGCUUCUGGAACAGCCGAGCGCCCCCACAGUGCCUCUUUGUGAAGCCCUUGGGAACCUGCGCCUUGAGCCUGUGGUUGGGGAGCCGCCCGCCGCUCUUGAGGCCCACCCAGGGGCGCGCCCGGGCCGUGGCCCCCUCAAGUGCGUGUGCUACGGCCUUGGGAACUUCGCCACCUGCGUCAUAGCCCGGCACCAGCUGGCCUUUUUGCUUCUCCUCCUGGAGAAGCGUCAGGUUCCCCGGAGUCACUGCUGCGUGUACGACCCCCUGUUCAGCCCCUGUGAGACUGCGGCUCUCCAGGCCCUGGGUGUGACAGUGCUCAGUGAGAACGAGGAAGGGAAGCGGAGCAUCUCGGGAGAGCCCACCCUCUUCUACAUGCCACACUGUGGCACGGCGCUGUACAACAACCUCCUGUGGAAGAACUGGUCGCCUGACGCCCUCUCCCACAUGCUCAUCAUCGGGAACAGCUUCGGGGCACUCCAGGACAGGAUGUUGACAAGGAUCUUGCAAAAGAACUAUCCCUACAUUGCAAAGAUUUUACAGGGACUGGAGGAACUCAGGAUUCCGGAGACGCCCCAGUACUCGGACACGUUCAACGACACCUCCGUCCACUGGUUCCCGGAGCCCAAGCUCAGGCAGCUCCCCGCGGACACUUGGGCAUAUCGGGAAGAGCCCGACUACAGGGACUGCGAGGACCUGGAGAUCAUCAGGAACGAGCGAGCGUCCUGACUCAAGCCGCCGUGGGGGCUGGGUGUCGGCUGAGGCCCGUGGACGUGGAGGGGCCGCGCGAAUGCCCUUCUCUGCAGAGGGCGAGUUUCCUCACCGAGAAAGCUGCAGCUCAGCUCCGUUUUGCUCUUCAAAGAUUUAGACCUGGGGGAGAGUUCAAGUCCACGAGCACAUCCCUGGGCUUGGACCCCAAGUCAUCCGCAGGCCCCCACUGCAGUGCCGCGUGAUGCCUCUGUAGCGGGUUUUUUGUUUGUUUGUAUUUUGGCUUUUGGGGCCAGUCAGUGGUGCUUAGGAGCCACUCCUGGCUCUGCACUCAGGAAUUACUCUGGCGCUGCACGUGGGACCAUGUGGAUGCCAGGAACUGAACCCAGGUCGGCCGCAUACCAGGCAAGCGCCGUACCCACUGGACUAUCUGUCCAGCUUCCGUGAGAGGCUGGGGAGAUGGCCCAGAGGGCUGGAGCCACGUGCCCACGUGUGCCAGUUCGGUCUCGGGCAUCGUGUGGCCCCAGCACCACCAGCCCUGCGCCCUAAACCAUCAGGCCCACCGUGCCAGGACAGUAAUGCUGGGAGUGGGUCCAGGCCGCCCAGCACUGCCGGGGAGGCACCCGACCCCACCCCCCCCACCCCCGUUAAAAUU